CUUGAUCGAAAAGUUGAAGAUUUGCGUAUGGUGGUGUGAGUUAAUUUAUUAUCACUUAUUUUAGCAUUUUUAUUUUAUUCUGAGUUUUGUGGAAGGGUGGUUGCUGGUUGGGAUGGUUGGGUGAUGUCACGGGCGACAUGCCGCAGCUGACGCACGCGGACGGGGCGCGCGCGCCGCGACCCGGCCGCGGCCGCUUGCGCGUCUAUAAAGUGGUGGUGCUCGGCGAGGGUGGCGUCGGCAAGUCGGCGCUUGUCCUGCAGUUUGUCAGCCACAACUUUAUCGAGUACCAUGACCCGACUAUCGAGGAUGCGUACCAGCAGCAGGCGGUGAUUGACGGCGAGCCGGCGCUGCUCGACAUCCUGGACACGGCCGGCCAGGUCGAGUUCACCGCCAUGAAGGAGCAGUACAUGCGCUGCGGCGAGGGCUUCAUCAUCUGCUACAGCAUCUGCGACCGGCGCAGCUUCGAGCAGGUGGCCGAGUACCGGCGGCUGCUCAGUCGCGUCCGCGCCGCCGACGACGUGCCUCUCGUCAUCGUCGGCUGUAAACUCGACCUGGACAGCCACAGAAAGGUGCUGACUGAGGAGGGACGCGAUCUCGCACGCCAGCUGAACGCGCCCUUCUUCGAGACGUCGGCGGCCUACCGCCGCUUCGUGGACGACUCUUUCCACGCGCUCGUGCGGAUCAUUCGCAAACAGGAGCGUGACAAGGAUGAGGACGAGGAGCGGCGGCUGCAGCCGUCGCCGGGCCGUGCGCCGCGGAUCCGCCGCCGCUGGCACCGGCUCUGUGCCCUACUCUCAGUGAUGUUUCGCCGCCGCCGUCGGGAUCGGCUCAAGUCGCCCAGCCGCGCCUGAGGCCGGCGCUCUACCUUGCUGCACUGCCGGCGCUCGGUCCACCCGACCGACGGCACUAAAUCGGGCCGUCUCGGUCCGUCGGUCGGGCUUUGCCGGCGACUCGGCUAGACGUGAGUCAUUGCGACUCUGAGAGUCGGCUAGAGCUGACGACUCGACCGGUGAGUCAGCGUGCAAACGAUGGUCUCCGGCAAGCUAUCUCAUGUACAGCGCAGCUCAGUAGGAACCCAGGCUUCCAAUGCGCCCCCGGCGUCUGCGCCAGCGCCACACUCCCGCUGUUACCGCUAGGGUUCAGCGGAGAUUGCUGAAUGGGCGGGUGCUCACGUCUAUUGGACAGCUAGCGGCAUCUGCAGUUGCAGCCGGGGUUCUGCGUCGCCGUUUUAGCGAGGCAGUCCACCAAUGCAAUGUUUUUGGGACUGGCCGUUGCUGUGGAAGAUAGUGCUGCUGGCGACCCGCGGGUGGGGACGGGGACGGGUCUGCAUAGGCGUUUAGGCAUAGCGUGCUGCCUGCUCAGCAGUAGAAUUAUCUAGUCAGCCACGUGCACAAGCCUAGUGUUGCCGCGGCGCUUGUUGCUGUGCGGUUUGCCGUGCUUUCUGAGGCGGUAUCGUAUUAGGCAGUGCGUCUUAUUGCGCCAGCUGCUGCCGUGUGACAUUUUAGAAGUUUCGUAGGGCGUUUUGGGUGUCACCCUGCUUGCUGCGGGCAGAGAUAGUUGUAUAAGGCGAACGCUGACGUCUUCCCGCUGUUUGGCCUGCGGGCAGAACUGAGGGGGCCAGCCGGCCGUCUGUAGUGCUGAGUGCUGCGGGUGGCGCGGCCCGCCACCACCAAUGGCGGUCUGCGCCUAGAAGGCCGACUGGUGCUGCUUCCCUGACGGCGGUACAUAGCUUUAACAAGAGCUCCUAGGUCCUAUGCGUGUAUGGCGCCGCUGCCGGUACUUCUAGUCCUCAAUUUAUAAGUCUUUUAGUGUGGCCAGAAGUUAAAGUUUUAUCGCAACUUUUCGCUGCAUUUUAUUCUGGCCUUACGGUAAGAAUCUAGGAGUAACAUUGAGAGUUAUUGGCGUAAAUUGAUUUAUAUGUGUUUAUUUUCGAGCCCUUAGCUUUUAUAAUAUUCUAUUGGCAACUGAUGGGCACAUUUGUUACCGUACUGUUGGCCUUGCAUAAGUUUUUUUAUCAAUUAUAUUUGACAGUGCGUUGCAUUUUCUUAACACUAUGGAAAAAAUGCGUUAUUAUAAUAAUCUCGAUGUGCACUUCGAUGACGAGACAAUAAGUACUAACUGGCAAGCAUUAGCGUGUUUCGUAGCAUUCUCCAUGCAAUGCUUUAUAUUUUAUCAACUUAUUGUGUUAAGUUUAUUCAUGCUAUACGUUGUUACUAUGUAUUGUGUUUUAGUCCAUGCCGUGUUAGUAUGGUUUUCGGUAUAAUUUGAUCAGGUCGCUCACAAAGGAACUUACUAUCCUGGUAGCGCUAAUAUUGUCGUGUUUAUUCGUGCCCUCAGGAUAGCUUUCCAAUACUAUUUGAAUCUCUUUUCGGUCGUGUCAUGCGUGUUAACGCUUGCAACCAUCACGCCAUUUACUUGGAAAGUCAUACCUUUGUAGUUUAAUCAAUGUAUUUUUGUCAUUUCCGUGUGGAUUUCUUCAUUGAAAAUAGCGUGUGUGCUUGUUGGCAACGGUGCGUCACUUUUCUUCAUUUCCAUACUUUUGGCUCAAUUCCUUGCAAUGCAAAUCCUCGCCGAUUGAAGGAGAGUGGCUGCCUACGUAUUGCUUUGUGCAUGUAGUUGAGUCAUUUCAAUGCCUACUUUCUAAAUCACUUUACAACAGGGGGUCUUGGUUAUGGCAUUCAGCGUUUCGGGGAUGCACUUAUAUUUUGCUAAAUUGCCUUGUUUUGCUCCUUUUUUUUGCACAAGAACAAAAGGUAUGGUGAGCUUCUGUUCAGGUUGUAAAAAGAAAACUAUGCAACUUUUGGUGGGUUUGGUCGAAGGUCUGCACUGGAUUUGCGACGUUUCCUAUCCAGCUUCAACCUAAACAGUAAACAUGUGUGGCAAAGUCGUAAUAUUACGAUGUGUCGUGAAAUGUUACUACUUAAUCUACUCCUCGCUCAACCUUGUAGGCAGGUGCUAAAGCUUAUUAGUGAGCAGAGGACGCCUGCCGUGAGUCCGCCUCUUGGGUGCGGCAGAGCGUGCCUGCCGCUAUAUAUGGCCUUGGUGCCUGCAGUUUGACCCGGUCACCGGACCAGCUGCGCUGCGCCGGCGGCCGAACCGAGUGACUGUGAUGGUGCUGUCUGUCGGCGCGUGUCGCUAGGAACCCCCACACAACGAAACGACGACCAACGAGAGUGAGGCGAUAUUAUUGUGGGCGCGUAGUGCCACUGUGCGUAUAGUUAUGCGCUUGCCUGCUUCUCAACGGACGCUCCUACUGCGGUGUUACCGUCCUGUUAACUGGACAAAAUACAGAGUGUCUCGGUGC